UGCUGCAUUGAAGGUCAUGUGUACAUACCACACGUAAUCUGUAAUGGGCAAAUCCUUCAUGAUUGCAUGGGCAUUGACAUGAUUGAUUCCUCACCUGGAGCUGGAGGAAAAGAAAGAGAAGAUCUGUUUUUCCGUGCCCUCUGUCUGUGCCACACUGUACAGGUGAAAGAUGAAGACAACAUAGAUGGUGAGAAAAAAUCCAGUCAGUCUGGGAAAUCCAGUGUGUACAUAUCCUCCUCACCUGAUGAAGUUGCUCUUGUAGAAGGUAUACAAAGACUUGGCUAUACAUAUCUAAGACUAAAGGACAAUUACAUGGAGAUUUGUAACAGAGAAAAUGAAAUUGAAAGAUUUGAAUUGCUUCAAGUUUUAACCUUUGACUCUGUGAGGAGGCGUAUGAGCGUCAUAGUGAAAUCAUGCACAGGUGAUAUCAUCCUGUUUUGUAAAGGAGCAGAUUCUUCUAUAUUUCCCAGAGUCAGGGAAGGGAAAGUUGACCAAAUACGAGCCAGAGUGGAACGCAAUGCUGUGGAAGGUCUGAGGACUUUGUGCGUUGCCUAUAAGAGGUUUACACAGGAGGAAUACGCAGAAGUGGAUAAGCUUCUAAAGAGAGCACAGCUGGCCCUACAAGACAGAGAGAAGAAGCUGGCAGAGGCAUAUGAACAGAUUGAGCAGAACCUCAUC